AUGUGGCGAGCGACACAUGAACGAUAUAACACAGUUCACGCUGACGCACCUGCCACCAUAUAUUCCACUUAUUACGGUGGUGGCCAUCACGAUCACGAUCACGACCACGAUCACCAUGCAGGACACUACGAUGAGCACGAACAGGAUCAUGGUUUAUAUGAUAAACACUAUGGAGGCUACGAAGCUGAGCACGGAGGUCACGAAGGUGGUCACUAUAAGGAGAAGUAUGGGCACGAUGGCAAACACAAGGGCCACCGAGAGGGCUCCUACGGAGAUCAUGGACAUGCAGAUGGAAAAGUUACUACGACAAAGGCGGGGCGUACGGCCACAAAGAAGAGUCCUACGAAGAAGGAGGAAAGCAUGGAUCAGUCACAGCAGGCCAGCUCCUGGAGCAAGUGA